GUGCCAACUUAUUUCUUAUUUCUUUCUGAUUCACCUUCAGCCUUACAUUAAAAUUAUAAAAGAAUAAUGCGUUUUACUCGCACCCUUUUCCAAGCAGUUACCAAGCCUUCGACAGGCAUUGCAGGUCUCAAGGUUCACCGUAAUCCCCGUCCUCAUUUAAUUCAAACAUACAACAGCACUCUCGAAGUAUGCAGUCGUCUUCCUACCACAGCUGUUUAUCGACAAACAACUGAAGCAAUAACAAAACACAGAUUGGCUGUUGUAGAAUCAACAGAGAACAUUGAAGAAAUCGAAACCAAGAUCAACGUUGGCCAAAUUGAAGAAAUCAUCGAGCAAGCAGAGGAUGAGUUAGGACUUGCUAAGAAAGUAGAAGAAUGGAAGCCUUGGGAACCACUUGAGGUACCUAUUCCUCCCGGUCAAUGGGUAUACCCUAAGAAAGAGUAGAAAGAAUCUUCCUAUUUGAGAUGAAGCGUUUGGCAGCUUCAGUCAUCACCAGCUACAACAAUUUCGCACCAUAAUCCGCCGACGCAUAGUAUUUCUAUUCAAAUGUACACAGUUAUCCAUAGUCAAGCUCACUCUAUUUAUAUAUGUUUACUGUUGACCGUAAUAUAGAAACUGCCACCAACAUAAAAUCUCAUAUUGCUUCAAUUUCUAAAAGGGAGCUGCAAUAAAAGAAAUAUACUUUAUUUAUUUCAGUAGAAUGAUAAAAAUUUGGGCCAUUUCCUUUGUUGAAUGC